CUGCCCUGGCUGUGUUGCAGGCACAUAUUUACUUCGUAGGACUCAAGUCAGUCUUCUUGCUAUCUUUUUGCUUGGUUAGGCAACCUUUCCACAAGCCGACGCCCUGCCAGCAUGCGGAGUCCAAAAGGAAAAGAACCAUCUCAACCAUCUCCCCAAAAAUCAACUCAAAAUUUAUCCAGUGGGCCACCUCGAGGACGUCAGCCAUCCCGCGAGCCAUCACGUGAGCGAUCUCGAGGACCAUCCCAUGAGCCAUCCUACGGAGCAUCCAGUGGGCGUACUAACGAAAUAUCCCCUGGAUCAUCGGCGAGACCUUUGUCUCCCAGUACUACUCCUGUGAGAGCAAGAAGACCUUCCCCUUCACAGUCGCAUGAGCCAUCCUGUAGGCAGUCUCGUGAGAAACUUCCCUGGUAUCAGGCUCUCUACGAUGUGCUCCCCAGGAGUUCAUUUCCGUCAAGGGCAAAGUCUGCGUAUCCCAAGACGGCUGCCUUCAUUGUGUCUGUCGCCAUUACCUCCUUCGUUGUCUUAGCCCUGCUUCUUGCGGUUGGUGCUGCGCGAAUUGCCGCUCGUGAGAGGUUUGCCGUGUGCCGCUCCUCAACUUGCAUAGAAUACUCAAACGGGUUAAACAACGCGUUAAACCGUUCGGUGCACCCUUGCACCGAUUUCUAUCAGUUUGUCUGCGGCAGAUGGGACAAGAUCAACAUGAAAUCAGUGCUAGACAAGCACGGUGAAGAUUUCUUUCAGCAAUUAACGGAGGCAAUUGGGCGUAUCGACCCACCAGCAUCGAAUCAGUCUGCAGUAGAGAAAGCAGUGAAAUUCUACAAGACAUGCAUCGACAUUGCAAGCGGCAGCCGUACUGGAGUGACAGCAUUCACAGCCCUACUAGCGCAAGGAAAUAUUACCUGGCCAGCGCUAUCUCGCGAUGUGAAUGUCCUGGAUACAAUGGUGUACGCCGAGCGAUAUUGGAACUCUCAUCCUCUUUUCCUAGUCACCAAAGUUCGAGGGGACAACGAAACAACUACCGUAAAUAUCGAGAGCUCCUCCUUUGCGCUUGCGUGGGACGACAGCAGAACAGAACUUUUACAAAGAAACCACUACUUCACCUAUUUCUACAACUUCACAUACCUGUUAACCGGAACGUCGACGAACAUGUCUUUGUUCCAGCUUUACAGACAAAAGGAAGACAUCAUAAUGAGGAAGCUACUGGACGCUCUAGAGCAGAAUGAUUCAACUACACUGCUUACCGAAAGUAAUUUUGCUGAGCUUAGCACGGCAUUUAACAUGAGUCAGUGGAAGAAAGUGUUUUCCGAGCUCCUAGGUGUCCCUGCCAACGAUACCGUCACCGUUUGUGUAAGCACAAACUACUUUCACGUCGUUAAUAAUUUGACAGUAGAGCUGGGACAAACCGUAAUGUCGACCUUCCUGGUAUGGGGGCUAUUGCACGAAUUGGGCCACCUCUUCGAUGCGCGACUGGCUACGCUUACAUACGGCAGACAAGACUACGCUGAAAACUCCGCAACAUACAGAUGCAUGGUGCUGGUUGAGACCUACAUGGGAAUGGCAAUAUCGGCAGCUUAUACCUUCGCAGAAAUGAGCAAGGCAAGGUUCCUGGAAGCCGCAGGUGUUGCUGAUCACGUCAAAGAAGCAUUCAACGAUACAUUUGAGAAGCGGCGUGGCUUCAAUACAUCCAUUGUUCAAAUGGUUCUCAAACAAGAUAACAUCUUCGGACCUUACGGUACUGUGUCAAGCUCUUCCGAGCUAGAUGCUUUAUACAAAGAAUUUCCAGACAUGACUAACUCUCUAGCUCACAAUCUGCAGAGUGCGAUAUAUGGGAUGAGGAAGUCAAGUUCAGUAGUCCUUGACGCAAAAUACAUGCACCUGGGCGAUUACUACACGAUAUACAAUAAGGACAAGAAACAGCUCAAGGUAUGGCCUCUAAUGGUGCUUGAGCCAAUUUUUAGUGAUGGCAUCACAAGCGGAUUGCAGUACGGGGGCUUUGGGUCCUUCCUGUCUUCAGCGUACUUUGAGUCGAUUUACGACACCGAUGAGGAACAACGACAUCUUCUGACACAGACGUGCGCCACAACGCCUGAAGGAUCGCGUUCAAGACAAAGUGAGACAAAAUCACGCCAAUUUUAUGAUACACUGUCGCUUCCUAUAACCUGGAAAUCUUACUUGUCUGCGGCUGAUAACAAAGAUGUGAGACUUCGCUACAUGGAAGAAUAUUCAGAACGCCAACUUUUUUUCCUCAUAUUCUGCUACUUGCGGUGUUCAGGUACAAGGACACACAAUCCUGGUGCGUGCAAUAUACCACUGAGCAGUUUCCCUGCUUUCAGCGAAAAUUUUCACUGUUCAACUAUCCCACCCCGACAAUGUCGCCCAUAGUUGUGGACGCUUUUGCAAUGCACGAUAUUUUACAUGGAAUAAAAUAAGGUGAUUCCA